AUGCUUCACCGUACCAAAUACAACAGAUUCAGGAAUGAGUCGGUGACGUCCGUCGAUGAUCUACACGGCCUCACCAUGAACCCCAAGGUCUCGGCAGCCCCUGCGUCCUCCGCCGAGCCCCCGUGCACCCCUCCUGCAGCGCCAUCCGAGGGCGGCGUGAACCACCACCACCACCACCCCGCUGCCGACCCCGCAGACGAUGGAGCCACCACCCUGUGCACCCUCAUCAACAAGGUGUCCAACCUGAAAUUCACCAACUCAGGCUCCAGCCUGCUGGGUAUCAAGAGCCUCCCCUCCCACGUCAAGGACCUGACCCUCUCCAAGCUGCAAGGUGCUGGAGGCUCCGGUGGGGGCUCCGGUGGUGGAUCCAGCGGUGGCUCCAGCUGCAUUGGUAGCGGCUCUGGCUCCAGUGUGUCGUUGGCAGCCUCCGGUGGUGGUAACGGUGGUGGCAGUGGCGGUAACGGCUCCUCCUGUGGCUCAGCCUCCAGCAUCUCCCACCACCACCACCCCCCCUGCUCCCACUCCCACUCCACCCAGCAAGAGCCAGGCACCAUGAGCAACGCAGGGGGAAAGAAGGGCAGCAGGUUGGGGCUGGAAGAGAGGGAGGCUGGGCAGAGACAGGGACAUGGAGGGGAGGACUGGGGACCUAGUGGAGGAGGAGGAGGUGGAGGAGGUGGAGGAGGAGGUAACAGUGGACUGGUGAAUAAAUCCUGUUCCAGAGGAUGGCUGCAUUCCAGUGAGAAGAUCUCUGGACCCGGAGUGACGUACAUUGUAAAGUAUUUGGGUUGCAUUGAAGUCCUUCGGUCGAUGAAAUCACUGGAUUUCAACACGAGAUCGCAAAUAACAAGAGAGGCCAUCAGCUUGGUGUGCGAGGCAGUCCCGGGGGCCAAAGGAGCGCUGCGGAAGAGAAAGCCUCCAUCUAAAGCCCUGUCCAGUAUCCUGGGGAAGAGUAACCUCCAGUUUGCUGGGAUGAGCAUCAACUUGAAUAUCUCCACCAGCAGCCUCAACCUGAUGACCCCAGACUCCAAACAGAUCAUAGCCAAUCAUCAUAUGCAGUCCAUUUCCUUUGCAUCAGGAGGAGAUACAGACACGACUCAUUAUGUUGCCUAUGUAGCAAAAGAUCCUGUCAACCGAAGAGCGUGUCAUAUUCUGGAGUGUUGUGAUGGUCUGGCCCAGGAUGUGAUCAGCACCAUCGGCCAGGCCUUUGACCUCCGUUUCCAGCAGUACCUCCAGUGUCCCUCCAGCAAGAUGACCUCUGUACACGACAGGGUUCUGAAUAUGGAGUCAGUCUGGACAGAGGAGGAGGAGGAGGAGCCUGCUGAACAUCCAUACUACAACAAUAUCCCCGGAAAGAUGCCACCACCUGGAGGGUUCAUAGACACCCGGCUAGGCCAGAGCAUCCAGGCUGAGCAGCAGGCCCCAGGGGCUGGGGUGGACCAGACUUACUACCAGGGUAGACACUGUGGCGAGAUAUGGGGAUCGGACAGGAGGCCUACUGGGAUACUCGUCCAACAGGGAUCAUGUGACAUCUACAGUCUGCCCGAGGGGAAGAGUACAGUACCAAAAACGGGGGAUGUGCCUACGUACGUGAACACCCAGCAGAUCGACGCCCAGGUGCUGGCAGCCCUGCAGGCUGAACAGGACAGCAUGGCAGCAGAAGGGGCAGCGGGCACAGCAGCCAAAGAAAGUCCAAGGAAAGACCUGUUCGACAUGAAGCCUUUUGAGGAUGCCAUCCUGACCCAGUCAGCGGUCCCUGCCCUUCACAAGGCUGGAUCUGUGGAUAACUCCAGUCCCUUGUUGGUGCGCUCUGCUGCCUUCAAGGCCCAGGAGGAGCUGGAAGGCCAGGCCUGGUACCACGGAGAGAUGAGCCGACGAGACGCAGAGAAACUACUGGUAGAUGACGGAGACUUCCUGGUUAGGAAGAGCACCACCAACCCUGGGUCGUACGUACUGACGGGCAUGCACAAUGGACUGGCCAAACACCUACUGCUGGUGAAUCCUGAGGGCACGGUGCGGACAAAAGAUCACAUAUUUGACAGCAUCAGUCACCUGAUAGGCCAUCACCGUGACAACAGCUUGCCCAUAGUGUCUGCAGGAAGUGAACUUUGUCUGAAGCAGCCUGUGGGCAACAGGAAAUAGUGACGAUCCACUCACUAAACCUGACGGGAGAUGGAGUUCUGAAACUUAAACCUCCAAUCCCUCCUGAAAACCUGAAACUUGAAGAUGAAAAUAGAGAAUAUAUUAUUGUUGAAAAAAGGUUACUUAACGAUGAUGACAGUGUCUUGGAAGCGGUCUGUGGCUGAGCAAACUCCCGGGCCACAAAAAGGAGGACGAGAAAGAAGAAGGUUUGCUGAUAUAAAAAAUAUUUAUAGAACUGUUAUUAUUUUGUUGUGGUGAUUGAAAUGCUAUAUUUUUGAGAAGACAUAUAGGUGCAUUUGGGACAUAUAUGUUGAUUUGGUGUUUUAAAAACAAAGAAAAACAACUGUUAGUAGUUUAGAUGACGAAGCGCAAAUCGACAUCAAAGAGGGGAAAGAAAAUAGUAUUUUCGAAUAAAACCCUGAAUUUUAGUUUUGUCUAUCAAGCACAACCAGAUUUACACAGUCAUUGGUAAGUAGGAGUUACAUAGAGGAGAACAACUAUUUGAAAAUGCUGUUGUUUAUAUUGAAACUAUUUUAGGAUUAUUUGUCCUUUAUCGCAGCUAUAGCGCGACGACAUCUUCCCUUGGGGUUACUAAUGAAUCUAUCCUGUUUCCCAGACCUGUUUGUGAUGUCUUGCCAAUACCUGAGGGUGGGACAAUGACCAUAGCCCAUAGGAGUUGCUAAGACAGCACAAAUGGGUCUGUGACCAGGCUAAAAUGAAUCUGCUUUAUAAGAACUAAAGACGUGAAUGUGUUUUGCUUUACAGUAGUCACAGUGUGUUGGGGUCAGGGGUCGCAACCUUUGGCACCUCAUAGUGCUGUCAACAUGGCUUUAAAGAUACUGGGUGAAUCUCAGUUGUACUCCCUUGAUUCCUUGCAUCCUCUCUCCUUGCCCCCCCCCC